AUGACAGUCGAGAGCCCAUCGUUGGCCGCGCGGAGCUUUGACUGCCUGGAGCUGCGGCUCUUGUUGCCUUACUGCCUUAGGCCUGAGCUCCGCGCUGAGUCAGCAAUUAGGCGUAAAGUUGAUGCGCCUUCCGCCUGCACGGUCCACCGGCAGAAAAAAAGUGAGAAACCGAGUAUCUCCAUCGCAUCGGCCAAUUUGCCAGAGCCUUCUUCCCCUCCAGACCCUCUUUUACCGCCCGUUUUCCACUCCCGGAGCUUCGGUCAAUUACAUUGGGUGAUGUCGUCCUUUUUCACCCUGCCCGCUUCGCAGCGGAAGCGCAAGAGAGAAGACCGCGCCGGCGCCCCCGCGUCUAAGAAACGAGGUGUCGAUGGAGACGGAGAUGCGGGCGCAAGGAGUGGCAAGAAGAAGACUAGAGAGCCGUCGGUUUCGGGAAGCGACAUCGAUGAGGAUGAGCUCAGUGGCGCAUCAGGUUUGUCGGAGGAGGAAAGUGGCUCGGAUUCCGACGAAGGAGAGACAGCCGGAGACCGGAGAUUGAAGCUUGCGGAGCGGUACUUGGAGAAUGUCCGGGAUGAGGUUGAGGACUAUGGCUUUGAUGCAGCCGAGAUCGAUCGUGACUUGAUUGCAGAAAGGCUGAAGGAGGAUGUUGAUGAAUUCAAAGGACGCGUUUAUCGUCAGAUCGCCUCCGAAUUGGCCUUCUCGACGGCCUCCCAUACCUUCUUCCGGGCAGAUACGCAAUCAACUACGUCAAUUGCAGUCCACGCGCCAUAUGUAUACACCGUUUCGAAGGACAAGACCCUGAUUAAAUGGGAACUCGCCACACCCACCUCCACGACCCCUACGACAAACGGAGAAACUUCCAAACGUCCCCCAGCCCCCCAACGGAAGAAGCCAAAGCAGGUCAGGUUUGUGCGGGGCUUGCGAAAGGUUGCGGAGACCGGAGAAGAACAUGGCCAUACCAAGAACAUCUUGUCUGUCGCAGUGUCGCCGUCCGGAAAAUUUGUAGCCACGGGAGGACAAGACCGGAAACUCAUUGUCUGGGAUGCGGAGACUCUUACCCCCUUGAAGACCUUUACACAACAUCGCGACGCUGUCAGUGGUCUUGCCUUUGCUCGUCAUAUAUCUACCAUGAGUUCCGGAGAGCAGCUCUUCUCUGGCUCUUAUGACCGGACCAUCAAGACCUGGUCUUUGAGUACAGCCGGUCAUGCCUAUGUUGAAACACUCUUCGGACAUCAAGACCAUGUUACGUCCGUCGCCGCCAUGGCCAUCGAUCAGUGUGUCAGUGUGGGAGCGCGCGAUCGCACGGCCAGGUUGUGGAAGGUUAUCGAGGAAUCCCAAUUGAUCUUCCGUGGUGGCUCUAAAAGCGCCUCCUAUCAAGAGAACAACAUUGAUUGUGUAGCGCCGUUACCUCCUAACCACUUCGUUACGGGAUCGGACUCAGGCUCCAUCUCUCUCUGGUCUGUUCACAAGAAGAAGCCGCUUCACACGAUCCCUCACGCACACGGCCUCGACCCCUUACCUCCACUGGACGAACUCUCCUCGGAAGUCAACCAGGAAACCGCAGCACACAACUCCCGUCACCUCCGGCGCAUGCCCCGCUGGAUCACCGCUCUGACUACCCUUCCAGGCACAGAUGUCGUUCUUAGUGGCAGCUGGGAUGGCUUCAUCCGGGCCUGGAAGAUCUCGGAAGAUAAAAAGACUAUCGUUGCCCUGGGCCCUAUCGGAGCAGGAUCCAGCAUCCCGCUAACUCCUGAUACCCCAUCUGAGCAACUAAAGCAGACCCUCGCUUUCGACACACCAACGAGCCCGGAUCACAUGGCAGUCGACGGUGCGCCGGCCCAGCAGGCCGAGGAGGAAGCCGAACCGCUGAUCAAGGGUGUUGUCAACGACAUUGCCGUAUUCGAGCGUCGCGCAGAAACCGCCAAACCAGGCCAAGCGCCAGCGGAACCCAAGCCCAAGACCAAGACCAACAACAAGCCGUCUGCGCCCGAGCAACAUGGGCUCUGCAUCGUAGCCGCUGUUGGCAAGGAACAUCGGCUAGCAAGGUUCAAAUGCUUCUCCAACAAUUUCCAUGACGGUCCCACCGCAGACGGUCGGAACGGCGCCGUGGUGUUCGAAGUACCAUUCAUCUCCGAAAAAUCGAAAUGA